GCUUUUUGACUACACACCUGUAUGAGGAGGUUCUGUGGCCUACAGAGUGACGCUUUCCUUUUUUUCAGUGUAACCCGGCGGGCACUGAGACCACGCGGAACGCUCUGCGCCGUCAGCCCGCCGUCGCUCAGUGAGCCUCUGACGCGUCGGAGAGAGAACAGCGGAGCUUCCAACGGCCCAGACAUUCUGGAACAUCACUGAUAUCUGUUGGUUGUUGUUGUUGUUGUUGUUGUUUUCUCUCCUGAAGUCACGUGUUCAUAAUGAGCUGAGGAUGGCCAAGCGACCGGGGACAGACGACGGGAUGUUGACGUCGCCCAACGUUCUCCGGGGCUUCGCGGCCGGGGACGUGGACAUGGACCGCAGCGACGGAGCCGCGGAGGUCUCCCUGGAAGACAUCCUGAAGCUGUACAGCCAGCCCAUCAACGAGGAGCAGGCGUGGGCCGUGUGUUAUCAGUGCUGCCGGACUCUGGCGCAGAAACGUCGGAGGAAAAGCUCCAAGUCCGCCGGUGGUUCAGCCGUCGACUACCCGAGGAGGAUCGAGGGACCCGGGGAUGUGAAGAUCGGGAGAGACGGGACCGUGAAGCUGCUCUACGGAGACCGCACAGAUAAAUACCAACCUGCUGCAACGUCAUUGGAGGUCAUUGACUCAUUGGGUGUCAUGAUUUACAAAGCUCUGGACUACGGCCUCAAAGAAAAUGAGGAGCGCGAACUCACCCCUCCGCUGGAGCGCCUGAUCGACAUGAUGACCAACGCCGAAAAAGACCAGAGUGACCCGUGUCCUGACGAGGGCUACGAAGCCACAGAGGAGGAGGAUGAAUGUGAGGAGGAGGAGGAGGAGGAGGAAGAAGAGGAGGAAGAAGUGGAGCCUGUGUCUGCCACCACCAGCUCUGUCACUAGAAUUCGCAGCUAUCGAGACCUCAUCACGCUAUGUUCUUCCCACCUGCCCAGCCCAUCCGAUGCCCCCAGUCAUUACCAGGCUGUGUGUCGUGCUCUUUAUGCCGAGACAAGGGAACUUCACACCUUUCUGGAGAAGAUCAAGAAUGCCAAAGAGAACCUACGGAAAAUGGAAGGUGAGACUCGGGAGGAACCCGUUAAAGACCUCGAUGAGCUGCAAAAUGCAGAUUGGGCACGGUUCUGGGUGCAGGUGAUGCGAGAUCUACGAGAUGGUGUUAAGUUAAAGAAGGUUCAGGAGCGUCAGUAUAACCCAUUGCCCACUGAAUACCAGCUCACACCGUACGAAAUGCUGAUGGACGAUAUCCGCUCCAAACGCUACAAACUGCGAAAAGUUAUGGUAAAUGUGAAUGGAGACAUCCCACCAAGGUUAAAGAAGAGUGCGCAUGAGAUCAUUCUUGACUUCAUCAGGUCGAGACCACCUCUCAACCCUGUUGCAGCCCGUAAACUGAAACCCCACCCGCCACGUCCCCGGAGCCUCCACGAGCGACUGCUGGAGGGCAUCAAAGCUGAAAGGAAGCUCAGGCCGGUCUCACCAGACAUGAUCCGCAGAAGCCGCCUAGGUGCAGGGAAAAGCAUCAGCACUCCUCAGGACUUGUUCCGCAGCUCAGACACUCCUGAUGCACUCAGGAAAUUGACUGUCAGCACCCAAUCUCUGGCCAGUGGCAACCUGCUGGGACCGAAUCAAGGUGGAGCCCUGGCCCUUAGCCAGAGGAAGAGGGUGCUCAAAGCGCCCACACUGGCUGAGCUGGACAGCUCCGAAUCUGACGAGGAGACCACACGGAGCAGCUCCAGUAUGUCUACGUCUUUGUUGGAGGACACGUCACCUGAGUCUGUCGUAGAGAAGAAGGUUCCUCCAAAGUUCUUGCCUGUGUCUGCGAGCCCAAAGCCAGACAGGCGUCAGUCUCCACAGAGGCGGCACUCGAUCGAGAAGGAGGCCCCCACCAAUGUCUGCUCCUUUGUACCUCCAUCCAGACAGAGCUCCAAGUCUUUGGUGGAAGCUGCCAGCAGUGGUCAGGGCACGGAGGAGUUCUGCUACCCGGUGGAGUGUCUGGCUCUGACGGUGGAGGAGGUGAUGCACAUCAGACAGGUUCUGGUCAAGGCAGAGCUGGAGAAGUUUCAGCAGUACAAAGAAAUCUACACUGCCCUCAAGAAAGGAAAGGUUUGCUUUUCAUGUCGGACCAAGAGGUUCUCUCUCUUUACCUGGUCCUACACCUGCCAGUUCUGCAAAAGGCCUGUGUGUUCCCAGUGCUCUAAAAAGAUGCGGCUGCCAUCCAAGCCCUACUCCACCCUGCCCAUUUAUUCUUUUGGCCCCAGUGCUGUGGCUAAAGAAGAGGCACGUGGAGCGACCGCCUCUGCUGCACCAGAAAAGCACCCAUUUGGGUCUGGACACAGCCGAAACAGCCUACGCAGAAGUGUUUACAAGUUGUCAAAGCAGAGCAGCAGUAGUAACAGCAAAGAUGGGCAGUCACAGGAUGAGCCUGAGCUGCCCAAAGAGCUCACUGAGGACUGGGUCACCAUGGAGAUCUGUGUAGACUGCAAAAAGUUCAUCACGGAGAUCAUCACCUCCAGCAGGCGCAGCCUGUGCGUGGCCACCAAACGUGCCCGUCUCAAUCGCAAAACCCAAUCCUUCUACAUGUCGUCGUCUAACUCGGUCAACUUCAGGCCCUCUGAGCGCACCAUCAACGAGGUGUAGAAAGUGGGAUGGCCCCGUGCACUUUUCUUCACACCUCUGCUCGAGCUAAAUCAUUCGACCCCUCCAAUGAAGCCAGUCCAUCUCACCCCAAAGUUAGUAAAAGGUUCUUAUACCUUACCCUGUCUCAGGAAAAGUUGGCACGCUAUGAUUGGUCAUGGCCGGUCAGGACUUUACGGUAGCUGCCAGAUAACAAAGGAGAGCCAUGUUUCUAUUAAAAAAAACAGUCAAAUCAAUUGUUUGCUGAUGUUGCUAUUGUGAACCAGGUAAGUGAAAGUAUAUUUGACAUUAGAGCAGGAUCAGAUGACGCAGAAAGCCAAACGCUGCAGUGGUGAUAUGUAAAUCGUAGGCCCCUCCCUAAUCUUGGUUUUGGAUAUAUAUUCCAGUUCCUGUUUACUUCUAGCUCUCAGGAUUAGCAACAGAUUGUCUUUUGACAGAAAUGCACUGUAGAUCUUCCUGUCAGGUCUGUUGGGGUAAACCUCCGCCACUCCCCCAUCCCUCCUCUUUUAUUCUUCUAGCAACAAUUAUGCCAAAUGUAACAUCAUUCAUUUUAUAGCCAGUUAAAAUGUAUAUUUACUGUUUUCUCAUGUUGUAGGGACGACGCGCUUGGGUGAGCAAGGUCAGAUUAUUUUUCGGGGUGGGUUUUUAGCUAGCCGUUUUAAUGUAAAUUAAAUUCUGUGCCUGGUGCCAAAAUAUAAUUUCUUUCUUUGAAUGCCUUUGUAGUUAUGGACCUAUUGUACAUAUGUGUUAGAAACUCAAUGGGGGACAUUUUUAGGGUAAUCCAAGUUUGGUUUCUCGCCCUUUCCGUGGUCCAAGAUAGGCAACAGAGGCACAGAAAUGUUAGGUUAUGAAUGUGUACAUGCUGUAAAUCUUAAUUGUUCCAAAUUUAAAUUUAAUAUAAAAAAUUAACGAAGUAGAAAUAUAAUUUUACCAUGUUUUAAAAUUUCUGCCUCUAGAGUUUCUUUAUUUGAAAUUCUUUUCUGAAAACUUUAUUAUUAGUGUUAAUAUGUUUGUGUCGAUUAAGAUUUUAUUUCUAUUGUAUAGUUUAAAAAAUCUUCAGUGUUAAAAAAAACUCCUCUAAAUCACAAAUCGCACUUUUAUUGGAUCAAUUUAUUGUUCAUAUUGUUUUAUUUGUUUUUUUGUGUAAUAAAUAAUAAUUAUUAAAAACUCCGAUUUUCACCUCUUGGAGGGCGGCGCGGUACAUAUUGCCAUUUCCCAGAAUUCCUCAUGAAUGAAAAUGUGUGUGAAUGGUUGCAGGUUGUUUGUGAGAUGGACUUAUGGCUAAAACAAAACACUCCAUUUAAUUGAAUGUAGGCAAGUUUAUAACUGUCAUUAAAUAUGCUUUUUGAAUGUGUUAUCCCUUUCAAAAGACUUAUAGUGUGUUUUGUGACAGUUGUCAAAUGAACACAAAUACUAACCAGCCUGUUCAAUAACGAUGCCAUGUUCAGUAAAAUCCUACAUCUGAGCAGUUUUAUUUUAAACUUCUGUAAGGAAUGUAUGCAUGCUGUACUGUUUGUUUUUAUCAAAGACAUUCU